AUGACAUAUGAUUAUGGGGCGUGGAGCUACUCACUUCCCCCCACACAGCUACUCACUUCCCCCCACACAGCUACUCACUUCCCCCCACCCAGCUACUCACUUCCCCCCACACAGCUACUCACUUCCCCCCACACAGCUACUCACUUCCCCUCACCCAGCUACUCACUUCCCCCCACCCAGCUACUUACUUCCCCCCACCUAGCUACUCACUUCCCCCCACACAGCUACUCACUUCCCCCCACACAGCUACUCACUUCCCCCCACCCAGCUACUCACUUCCCCCCACCUAGCUACUCACUUCCCCCCACCCAGCUACUCACUUCCCCCCACCCAGCUACUUACUUCCCCCCACCUAGCUACUCACUUCCCCCCACACAGCUACUCACUUCCCCCCACACAGCUACUCACUUCCCCCCACACAGCUACUCACUUCCCCCCACCCAGCUACUCACUUCCCCCCACCCAGCUACUCGCUUCCCCCCACACAGCUACUCACUUCCCCCCACACAGCUACUCACUUCCCCCCACACAGCUACUCACUUCCCCCCACACAGCUACUCACUUCCCCUCACCCAGCUACUCACUUCCCCCCACCCAGCUACUUACUUCCCCCCACCUAGCUACUCACUUCCCCCCACACAGCUACUCACUUCCCCCCACACAGCUACUCACUUCCCCCCACCCAGCUACUCACUUCCCCCCACCCAGCUACUUACUUCCCCCCACCUAGCUACUCACUUCCCCCCACACAGCUACUCACUUCCCCCCACACAGCUACUCACUUCCCCCCACACAGCUACUCACUUCCCCCCACCCAGCUACUCACUUCCCCCCACCCAGCUACUCACUUCCCCCCACACAGCUACUCACUUCCCCCCACACAGCUACUCACUUCCCCCCACCCAGCUACUUACUUCCCCCCACCUAGCUACUCACUUCCCCCCACACAGCUACUCACUUCCCCCCACACAGCUACUCACUUCCCCCCACACAGCUACUCACUUCCCCCCACCCAGCUACUCACUUCCCCCCACCCAGCUACUCACUUCCCCCCACACAGCUACUCACUUCCCCCCACCCAGCUACUCACUUCCCCCCACCCAGCUACUUACUUCCCCCCACCUAGCUACUCACUUCCCCCCACACAGCUACUCACUUCCCCCCACACAGCUACUCACUUCCCCCCACACAGCUACUCACUUCCCCCCACACAGCUACUCACUUCCCCUCACCCAGCUACUCACUUCCCCCCACCCAGCUACUUACUUCCCCCCACCUAGCUACUCACUUCCCCCCACACAGCUACUCACUUCCCCCCACACAGCUACUCACUUCCCCCCACCCAGCUACUCACUUCCCCCCACCCAGCUACUUACUUCCCCCCACCUAGCUACUCACUUCCCCCCACACAGCUACUCACUUCCCCCCACACAGCUACUCACUUCCCCCCACACAGCUACUCACUUCCCCCCACCCAGCUACUCACUUCCCCCCACCCAGCUACUCACUUCCCCCCACACAGCUACUCACUUCCCCCCACACAGCUACUCACUUCCCCCCACCCAGCUACUUACUUCCCCCCACCUAGCUACUCACUUCCCCCCACACAGCUACUCACUUCCCCCCACACAGCUACUCACUUCCCCCCACACAGCUACUCACUUCCCCCCACCCAGCUACUCACUUCCCCCCACCCAGCUACUCACUUCCCCCCACACAGCUACUCACUUCCCCCCACCCAGCUACUCACUUCCCCCCACCCAGCUACUUACUUCCCCCCACCUAGCUACUCACUUCCCCCCACACAGCUACUCACUUCCCCCCACACAGCUACUCACUUCCCCCCACACAGCUACUCACUUCCCCCCACCCAGCUACUCACUUCCCCCCACACAGCUACUCACUUCCCCCCACACAGCUACUCACUUCCCCCCACACAGCUACUCACUUCCCCCCACACAGCUACUCACUUCCCCCCACCCAGCUACUCACUUCCCCCCACCCAGCUACUCACUUCCCCCCACCCAGCUACUUACUUCCCCCCACCCAGCUACUCACUUCCCCCCACACAGCUACUCACUUCCCCCCACCCAGCUACUCACUUCCCCCCACCCAGCUACUCACUUCCCCCCACCCAGCUACUCACUUCCCCCCACACAGCUACUCACUUCCCCCCACACAGCUACUCACUUCCCCCCACCCAGCUACUUACUUCCCCCCACCUAG